CGGGGCACCAAUUUUUGUACUAACCGGGCACUCCUUCGUCUGUUGCUUUACUCUUCACUCGAUACGGGAGACUCGUAUAAGAUAACAAACUAUCGUCUGAAAACACUGAUUAAGAUUUCAGAGUGCGUGUGCGUGCGUGUCUCUUGUAUAGAGAGAGAGAGAGGAGAGAGGAUCUUUGAUUCUCGCCAUGUGCCCAACGAAACACAAAUACCGGACCUCCGCCGAUGAACCCGUCACUAAAUGCUCCAGAUCCGCCUCCCCCUCCACGCUACCUGAUUGGCUUUCCCAGGCCGUCCACGGUGGUUCUUUGCGCCACGUCGAUCUACACACCGGAAUCAAUGGCUGGGCUUCUCCUCCUGGAGAACUCUUUCAUCUCCGCUCCACCAACUACUUUACCAAAAGACAAAAAUCCCCCUCCGGCGACUACUUACUCUCCCCCGCUGGCAUGGACUGGCUUAAGUCCACCACCAAGCUCGACAACGUACUAGCUCGUCCAGAUAAUCGUGUAGCCAAUGCGCUCAAGGAGGCGCAGUCUCAAGGCAAGUCCCUCAAGAGCUUCAUCAUCGCCGUUAAUCUCCAAGUCCCCGGUAAAGACCAGCACAGCGCGGUAUUCUAUUUCGCCACGGAAGAUCCUAUUCCCUCCUGUUCUCUCCUCUACCGGUUCAUCAACGGAGACGACUCGUUCAGGAACCAGCGGUUCAAGAUCGUCAACCGGAUCGUCAAGGGACCAUGGAUCGUGAAAAAGACGGUCGGAAACUACAGCGCCUGCCUUCUAGGUAAGGCCUUGACAUGUAAUUAUCACAGAGGAUCCAAUUACUUGGAGAUUGACGUUGAUAUAGGGAGCUCCGCCAUCGCCAGCGCAAUUCUGCAUCUGGCAUUGGGAUACGUGACGAGCGUGACCAUAGACAUGGGGUUCCUGGUGGAGUCGCAGACAGAGGAGGAACUACCGGAGAGAUUGAUUGGUGCCGUUAGGGUUUGCCAGAUGGAGAUGUCGUCGGCGACGGUGGUGGAGGCGCGGCCGGCGGUGGGUCGUGGUAUGGGAUUAUCUAGGGUUAAUCACGACGACGAGGAGGAAAUCAAGGAGGGUAAAAAUCGUUAACAGGAAAGUUGGAUUUGAUUUUAAUUACAUUGCAUUUUUAAGCUGUUUUUUUCUCUUGUGAAUUAUGAAACGCCCUCUUUUUAGGGGUAUGGAUGGCUGUAGAUAAUAAUUGGAUAACAAAAUAACAAUAUUGGGAUUUUCCAGUCUCCAGAACUCUGAAUAUUUUAUUUAUUUACUGAUUGAA